CCAGAUGAGAUAAACGCUGCAUUUGCAGGGAACAUGUUUUGCGGGUCCAGUUUUCAGUCCAGAGAGCCAAUAGACUGCAGUCCUGAAAGUAAGUUCUUCUGAAAUAUUAUCUGCUCGAACUGUUUUAAAGGGUUUAUACGGAAAAGAGAAAGGAAAGAAAAAAAAUAAAAAGGCUGAGAGGGGAGGAAAGAGGGUCUGUCUCUCAUUCAGAGCUUUAUUUCUCACUUUUUGAAGGUCCUAAUUCUUAUCCUCCCGAGAGCUGGAAUUGCAUUAGAUUUCCAUCACAGCUUCGAGGCCCGCCAGGAAACUUUGUGGAACGGGGAGGAAUAGAAAAGCCGUAAAGAUUCAUUAUGAUUGCAGGGAGGGCUCCAUCCUAUCUGUGCCGGGGGAUGCGUGCAUUUCAGACAAAGUUUGUUUUCCUCCUUCUCCGUGUUAAAAAAAAAAAGAAAAAAAAAAAAAGAAAAAAAAAAAGAAAAAAAAAAAAGAAAAGAAAAGGAUCCUGCUCGUUUGUUGGCGGUGCUUUGGUGUGUUUUGUAAUGCUGCAAAUAGCCACCGACCAGGUCCAUGCCUUUGCAUUUCAAUGAGCUGUGUUACGUCUGUGCUCUCCAGGUUGUGGCCACGUUUGGAUUGUAAUUCUUUUCACCUGCUUGCCGAGGAAAUUUGCGCACUUUUACUUUUUUUCCUUUCGGCCUUUGUCGGGAUCGGUUUAAUUCCUCCCCCCUCCCAUCCGAACUUUCCUUUUUUUCUUUUAUUUCUUUUUUCCUCUUUGGGUUUCUUUCUUUUUCUUUUUUUUUUUCCCCUCAAUAAUAAGAACGUACAUUUCCGUCGUUCGUUUCUACCAUAUGGAGACACUGAAUGACCGCUGUUAUGUCUCCAGCCUGGCUCGAAGUGCUACAGAAAAAUAAUCAGAGAGGCUGCAGUUUGCAUACAGACCCUGCGAGCGUUAUGGAACCCACCUAUAUGUCACAGCUUUGCUGCUCUCGCUCUCUCUCAGAGUGACAUCGCUCUGGAAAAGACAGGCAGCAGGGCUUUUUCUUUUCCCCUUUGGAAUAAUAAACAAGUUAGCGGGGAAGGGCAGGGGAGCAGAGGCUGCCACGGCUCGGGGUUGGGUGGAGGAGGCACCGGGCUGCCCUCAGCUCCGCGGGUGGGGACGCUCAGGUGGCCCCCGGAGCUCCGCGGCCGCGCAGAUUGAGCGCAGCGCAGGAAACCUGGGGGUGGUUUUCAAGGGGAACAUCUGCGGGAGAGGUGAGGGGACGUUUGGGCAGCACCUGAACCAACUCACAUCCAUCCCCACCUCCCCGUUCCUUUAAAAAAAGAAAGGAAGAAAAAAAGUUCAAAGCGGAGGUAUGGAGCCGGGGGGGUGGGGGGGGGGGGGGAAGGUUCCAGAAUUCGGAGCAGCCACCAGCUUAUUUUUUUUCCUCCUUAGUGGGGAUUUUCACGGUAAGACAACAUUUGGUGGACACAUGUCCGUCUCCUUUACACAAAGCAGAAUGUCCCCCCUUUUGCACACUUUGGAGAUUGCUUUUCCUUCCUCGGGCUGUUUUUCCUGUCCUGCUCCAUGUGUCUCCUAAUAUCUUUGCGAUCAUCAUUUGAACUCCCGGCUUGUCCCCUGGCCAGUCGGGGGGGUGGCUGAUGCAGCCCUGAAAACCUCCGUUCUGAAACGCGUAAACAUAAAUGCAAAAGCUGGAAAUUCAAAGAGGGGAAGGGAACCUUUCUGAUUCAGCAGAUUGGUUUCAUUCUGAGCAGCCUCUUGAAGUCCGUGCGAGCUGCAGCCCUGCUUUUCAGUUGAUAAUAAAGGUGGUUUGUUUUUUUUAAUGGGAUCCUAAAGGCAUUUCAAUGGGAUAGACUUUAAAUGUGAAUUUAGCCGCAGACUGGAUGGGCUACAGACAUUUUGUCUCCGCAGUGUGAGAGGCGCUCGGAGGUGUGGGGCUGUGGUGAGAGGUGUGAAUCGUCCUGGGGUUAGAGCAGUGAUGGGCCUGGUCGUUUUUAACCCUUCUGGUCUGUACUGGCGACUAGUAAGGAUUUUGUCUGAUUCCGGGGAUGGUGAUUUAGGCAAGAAAAGUGACAUCCCUCCUCCUAAAUAUAUAUCUGAAAAAGUAACCGUACCAACAGUGCAUGUGUGUACCCACCACCAACAUGUUUCCAACAUUCAUCCAUCCACAUAUCCGCGUCUCUGUCCAUCCAUCCGCCUCUCCCUUAUCCCUCAUCUGCAUUAAGUCUCAUCCCACCCAAACGUAUUCGUCUCUUAUACGGUCACAAGCAAACUUUCCUUCCAAAUCCAGUCUGAUGACGCUAGGGAUGAGGUUUUGAUCUCAAGCACCACCAUUUCUAAUCAUCUGGUGUAAGCAGCUUGUUAUAUCAAAGGGAGAAGGUAACAGACAGAGCUAGGCAGAGAAAAAGAGAGUCUGAAAUGCUGUUCAGCUACAAGACAUUGCAGCAAGGAGAUGCCUGUAUGGGCCACAACAGGUAAUGUUAGCAGUAAUCCUUUGCCAAUCCCUUUAUCUUAGCACGAGGAUGGCACUGGGUCUGUCACAGUAAAGGAGCAGUGUUGGGGCUGUGUUGGUUGCUGGCGCAAUAUCACCCCCUCUCCUUCCCAUCUAUCUGUCACUCGAAACCCCACACUGUUCACUUUCUACCUGAAUCACUGUACCACGAUUCCUCGUUUGUUUUUUUUUUUUUUUUCUGUUGGUUUUUUUACAAGCUGGGUUGGGGGGGGGGGAUUUUUCUCCCCCUAUAUGGUGUUAACCUCCAGCUUCCUGUGAGACACAGGGAGGAAUAAUUGGCUCCCAUUUUACAGCCUGGGAAGGAGCACAGGCUUAGCACAGGCUUCCCUCCUAUCCUUUAAAGAAAAAAAAAUCUCCCUGUUGUUGAUGGAAAGGAAGUAUAAGGAGGAUAAACAGGAAAACAGAGCUCUGACCGUGCAGGGAGGAUUUCAGGGCCCGUUGUCGUAUGGCAGUGCCGGAGGUGGGGGUGAAUUUUUGCUGCUGCAAAUCUCCGCAGACCGUCUGUUGGGGAAAAAGCACCCGGAGUUCGACCAGAAUCUUCAGGGGAAAUAAUAAUACUAAUAAUAAAAUCUGGAUCGUAAAGGUGAAAGCUUUAUAUUUGGGGGAGAAAACCCAAACCCUCACCCAAGCCCCCCCUCCCCCAGACCUCUCACUUUGGAAGAAACCACCCAAACCAUGAGGGCCGUCUCUGGGGCGUUGGAAAAAGGAUGUGGGAGCGAACCAGGUCCUUUCUCCCCCAUGCUCAGACCGUCCAACAGCGCCCAUCGGGUCCCGGAUUCAGUUCUUCUCCUUUCUCAAACUCCACCGCAGCCCCGUGUUUGCUGGACCACACAUCCGGGAACCGGUCAGCUUCCAAUAGACAGCUGGAAACGGCCUGUCACGUGGCCUUGGGGUGCCAAUGUUCUGCCAUAGGGGUGUCAAGACCCUGGUAGCUGGAAAAAUCAUUUUGGGGAAUCCUGGAGAUGCAGAAGACAACGUACUACGAAAGCUCCACGCUCUUUGGGGGCUAUUCCUAUGGGAGCACCAAUGGGUUUGGCUACGAGGGUCCCCAGCAGCCCUUCCAACCGGGUUCCCACGUGGAGAACGACUUCCAGAGGUCCGCCUGCUCCCUCCAGUCUCUCGGCAACACAACUCAGCACGCAAAAAGUAAAGACCUGAAUGGGAGCUGUAUGAGGCCGAGUUUGCCCCAGGAGCACCAUCCGCCUCCGACUGUCUCACCACCCCCAAACCCCACCACCAACAGCACCAGUAGCAACAGCAAUAACCAGUCAGGGAGCAGCAAAAGUGCCCCGAGUAAAGCCAACCUCAGUGCAAACGCCAGUCUCACCAAGCAGAUUUUCCCCUGGAUGAAAGAAUCGAGGCAAAACUCGAAACAGAAAAGCAGCUCCCCUAGCACAGCAGAAACCUGCAGCGGCGAGAAAAGCCCUCCAGGCUCCUCGGCCUCCAAGAGAGCCCGCACAGCUUACACCAGCGCGCAGCUGGUGGAGCUGGAGAAGGAAUUCCACUUCAACCGCUACCUGUGCCGGCCCCGGCGCGUGGAGAUGGCCAACCUGCUGAACCUCAGCGAGAGGCAGAUCAAGAUCUGGUUCCAGAACAGGAGGAUGAAGUAUAAGAAAGAUCAGAAGUCAAAAGGGAUGGGCUCUUCCUCUGGAGGGCCUUCCCCCACCGGCAGCCCCCCCCAACCCAUGCAAUCCUCCGCCGGGUUUAUGAACGCCUUGCACACCAUGAGCAGUAACUAUGAUGCCCCCUCCCCACCUUCCUUCAAUAAGCCCCACCAAAAUGCCUACGCCAUGUCAACUAACUACCAAAACCCCAUCAAAGGCUGCCCCUCCCAACAGAAGUACACCAACACGGCCCCCGAGUACGACCCCCAUGUAUUACAAGGGAACGGGGUGGCCUACGGGACUCCCAGCAUGCAGGGAAGUCCCGUCUACGUUGGAGGUAACUAUGUGGACUCCCUGCCCACCUCUGGCCCAUCCCUUUACGGCCUCAAUCACCUCCCACAUCACCAGGCGGCCAACAUGGACUACAGUGGGCCCCCGCAGAUGCCUCCAAGCCAACACCACGGACCAUGCGAGCCCCACCCCACCUACACAGACCUUUCCUCGCACCACGCAUCUUCUCAGGGCAGAAUCCAGGAGGCCCCCAAGCUGACCCACCUGUGAUCGGGAGCAGGGAUGGGCUCAAGUGAACUGGAUGGCAACCAACACAUGACUUGGAUGGGGCACGGGGCAGGACGGCCUUCAGAAACAUUUGUGUUGAGCUGUUUUCUUCCUUUCUUCUCUUAGGCAAGUUCUACCAAGCUGUUGAGCUUGCCAGUGUUAUUUCUGGGUUCUGUUUGGCACAGUUUCCAAGGACUUCAGUAUUUAAUGUCAAAAGCAUCUCUCUCUCUGAAAAGAUGUACCUCCUGUGGGUCAACACAAAUGUUUCUGAAGUGGCUUUGGGGGUGUUUAAUGGGAACCUAGUAGACGUUUAGCAGCAACACCCUCAAUUUCCAAACCCAGGGCAGAUUAUCACUGAUAAUUCUUGGCCAAUGGAAAGCAGAUGGCCAGCCUAACCUUUACAGUUGCUGCCUCUGCAUCUACACCUGGCUACACAGGUUAGCACAAGGGAUGCACAAGAAAACCGCCCUCCACUUCAGUCCUAAUCAAGAGCUUCGUGCUUUCCUCCCCAACCUCCAGAGGCAGGGCAUCCUUCUUCGCUGAGUUACUUCCCACCAAUCCCGACACAAAAGGCAAAUAUACACACCUGCCAACGCGUGGGAUCCACGCUCUUCCCCUCCCACCCACACAUCCCCUCUCAAAAAUAAUAGUAAGAAAAAAGAAAAGAAAAUGAGAGAGGUCUAAGAAUUGCAAAAAGGUUUAGGAAACGAGUUUCUAAAUUGCCUUGAACCCCACCAACAGGAACGGCAGUCCAAAGAGAGGAAGAAAAUGUUGACAGGUCUGAAUAUUUUUCCACCUUUGCCACUGAUGAUGUGAAAUUUCCAUUUGAUGAUGCCAGGGUUUUUGUUUUUUUGGGGGGGAUUUUUCUUAGGGUUCAUUAAUAGAAAAGCAAUCUUAAGACUUAGAAGUCCUAUGCUUCUUUCCUCCUCUUCUCUUGACCUUACGUGAAAACAGGGUAUAUUUGAACAAAUGGAAUGUCCUCCAAUGGAAGCAGAAGUGAAUGGAUCUCUAGGAUUUGCUAAUGCUUUAUUGUCUGGACAUCUUUGUUGCACUUAGAGUUUACAUAUAAUGGGUAUAAAAACAACUUUGAAGGGCGUUCAUUGAACUCAGUCGAGACGUCCUUCAAUAGGUGUGUGUUCUGGUGAACAUUCAUAUAUAUUUAUUGGUUAUAGCCAGUUUAAAAUAUUUUCCUUUUUGUAUUAUUUAUCCCCAAUAUUAUGUAUUUAUAUGAGGGAAAAAAAAAGAAUCAAAUUGUACUUUUUUAGUAUUUACUUGUUAUAAAGGACAUUGUGUUUCCUUGUCAUUGUACAACAAGCUUAUUUUAGUUACUGUAAUUUAGAAAGACGAGUAGUUUUAUGUUACCUUCGUACUUAUGAAUAAUGUAAUUAGUUCUACUGGAGGCAUGAGAGCAGAACCAGACUGUAAUUGUAUAGUCCUGAAUUAGAAGAACUAUAGCUAAUCCCUCCCUCCCAUCUUGCCCCUCCUCUUUGGAGAUCUUUCUUUGUUCUUAUAGUAGUUAUUUUAUUUCCUUGCUUAAGGGUUGUCUGUUGAACAAUUCUUGAAUAAACUUUCUGUUAUCAAUUUCA